AUGGACCCUGUGAUAUUCACUCCACGGCUGAAACUGAUUCUGGUGGCCAAGGCCGAACGAGGAAGUCCGGAGUUCGAGUGGCUGCACCAGCUCCACAGUAACGAGAAAACUACGUGGUGGAGCAUUCAUGGCCAAGCCAAGUCGAUCGAGGACACGGAAAAGAUCUCCCGGGGCUAUCUGCCCACCCAAGAAGUAGAAGCAGGACAGCCAAAGACUUACCGGGUCGCCUACACCGUGCACAGGAUCCUUGAGACGAACGCCAGCUCUGUCGACAGCAAACUACCAGCCGCAGAGUGUGGAGAAAAUGCAACAGAAUUCAUUGGUCUCAUAACAUUGAAGUCGUUGGAUUCCAGCAACUUGGCGUUGCCAGAGAAUCUCACCCUACCAUUUGCGGCUGCAACCACAACAUUGACCGUCGAACUGGCGUACAUGUUUCUGCCCAGAGCAUGGGGCCAGGGAUACGCAACCGAGUCGCUAGAGGCCGUGUUUACGUCGUGCAAGAGAGCGCGAUCGUUCUGGACACCGUUCUCGAAGCUGUAUGUGAGGGCCAUCGUGAACGAGGGCAAUCCCGCUAGCCUGCGAGUGAUGGACAAGUCUGGGAUGACGGAGCGUGGUGUCUACGUUCUGACCGGGCGGACCGUUUUCCUGGCAGGGGAAUGGCGAGACCGACACAGUCUCCAUAUUUUUGGGAUGCAUCUGAUAGAGUGA